ACCCGGUACUUUUUUCUCUAGAUUUGGCGUCGCGAGACUCCUCGCGCUUCUCGCCGAGAGAAAACUAGGGUUUUGCUCCUGGAAUCUCCUCCCCCGCAGCCGCCGCCCGACCGUGCGCCAACGAUACAUCCUUCUCCCUCCUCCGAUCCGGCCUUUUUGAUCCCCGGAUCCCGUACAAUAUGCUUCCCCUCUCGCUCCUCAAGACCGCCCAGGGGCACCCCAUGCUCGUGGAGCUGAAGAAUGGUGAGACAUACAACGGGCAUCUGGUCAAUUGCGACACGUGGAUGAACAUCCAUCUUAGGGAGGUUAUUUGCACCUCAAAGGACGGUGACAAGUUUUGGAGGAUGCCAGAGUGUUACAUUCGCGGGAACACCAUUAAGUAUCUUCGAGUUCCUGAUGAGGUGAUUGACAAGGUUCAGGAGGAAACUUCUAAAAGCCGAUCAGAUAGGAAGCCACCAGGUGUUGGCCGUGGAAGAGGAAGGGGGGACGUCGGUGCUAAACCUGGAGGCAGAGGCAUUGGACGUGGCCAAGAUGAUGGAGGUAGAGGCAGUGGUGGCCGUGGAAGGGGUGGAGUUGGUGCCAAAGGUGGUAACAAAGGUGGGGGCCGUGGUCGUGGCUGAAGCUGGUCGACACAAGGGAGAAUGCCGCUUUUUGAGGCCUGUAAUUGUGUUGCAUAGAUUGCUUAGGACAUGAUGAAUGAACCAAGUUGGCUGGUUGUAUUGGGGCACAAACCAGAAUGGUUCCUGUGAUCUAGACACCGAGGAUGCGGCGGCAACCAGGCUUGUUGCUAUUCCCCAAAACUGUUUGGUUGAUAUCUUGAGUAUGAUCCAAUUUGUUCAUUUGCUUAGAGUUAUCCCGGUUAGAUGACUAAUUGAUUGAUGUUGCCCAUUAUUUUGCUAGUGGCGCACGUUGUGCUGAGU